AGAGACCUGACCAAGUGUCCUUAGAGUAUUUAAAAUUACAGGACAAACUCAAGUGCAAUUUCACGACUAAGUUACCUAUAACAUUUACAGGUGUGAGAGGAUCUAUGACCUGUAGCUUGAGGAUGCAGAUUACAAACAGGAAACAGCAGCGGUGACUGUCUUCAACUACGUCCGCAGAGUGUGAAUAUAAGCAGCGCUCUGCGUCUUCGUUCAUCAGUUUAUUUCUGUAGCAGAGAAACUACUGAACCAGCAACAUGAGUGGAAGAGGCAAAGGCGGCAAAGGACUCGGAAAAGGAGGCGCUAAGCGUCACCGUAAAGUUCUCCGCGAUAACAUCCAGGGAAUCACCAAACCCGCCAUCCGCCGCCUGGCUCGCCGUGGCGGAGUCAAGCGAAUCUCCGGUCUGAUCUACGAGGAGACCCGCGGGGUCCUCAAGGUCUUCCUGGAGAACGUCAUCCGCGACGCCGUCACCUACACCGAGCACGCUAAGAGGAAGACGGUCACCGCCAUGGACGUGGUGUACGCGCUCAAGAGGCAGGGCCGCACCCUGUACGGCUUCGGAGGUUAAACCCUACGUCCCCAACACACAGCAACACAACGGCUCUUUUAAGAGCCACCCACAUCUCACUAAGACAAGUUCCUCAAUAUACUAUGUUUACUCCUCUCAUAUUAAGAGUCCUAUGCUUGUCAAGCUGCUCAAUUUUGACACGUUAGUUUAUGUUUUCAUACACUUUUUUUUUUAAACUAAAAUGGCGGAAUGUUGUAUAACAUUACCUAUUUAGCAUAAUUGCCACUCAUAAUUGAAGCCUAAUUCUAUACUUGCUCAAAUUGUCUGUUACUCUCAAAUUGUGUAUACUGAAUGUUCUGUUCCUAAAACAAAUGAACAUGCUCAAUUUGGUUUACUAAAAAGGCAGUUUUAAUUUACUAGAUUUUUAUAUUUAUAUUUUUCUUGGCUGUGUGCCAAGUAAUUUCCCUUAUGGAUGAAUAAACAGCCUUGAACAGUCUAACAUAACAAUCCUCCCAUGAGAAAAUUGUCCUUAAAGACCAGACGUUGUGGUGGUUUCUCGUUCAGAAAUAGAACUGGUUUCUGAAGUAACAUGUUAAUAUAUCCUGUGUAAAUAAUGGAAAUGAAACAUCUUAAAUCUAAUGGAUACAACUGCAGUAGUGGACUAUUCUGGCACAACUGAAAUGAAAAGAGAAAUGUAUUAAUGCCACUGUGAGAUUAUCUAUGUUGUUUUCAUAUUAAAACCACAAUUAGGUUGAUAUAAAUGUGUAUGUUCGAUUUGAAUGCCAGUAAAAAUAGAUUCUUGCUAUAUCAUUUAUUUUAUUUAUGCAUAUAUA